CUCAGGAUGGCUGGCACAGAGGGCAGCAACUUCUACAUCCCUAUGUCCAACAGGACAGGGCUGGUGAGGGAUCCUUUCCACUACGAGCAGUACUACCUGGCUGAACCAUGGAAAUUCAAGGCUCUGGCUUUUUAUAUGUUCCUACUCAUCUGCGUUGGAUUCCCCAUUAACGCUUUGACACUGGUAGUCACCGUCCUUCACAAAAAGCUACGUCAGCCUCUCAACUUCAUUCUGGUCAACCUUGCUGUGGCUGGUUUGAUCAUGGUCUGCUUUGGAUUCACCGUGGCAUUCUAUUCGUCAUUGGUUGGCUACUUUGCUUUUGGACCCUUAGGCUGUGCCAUUGAGGGCUUCAUGGCUACUCUUGGUGGUCAGGUUUCUCUGUGGUCACUUGUGGUGUUGGCUGUUGAGAGGUACAUUGUUGUCUGCAAGCCUAUGGGCAGCUUCAAGUUUGGUGCCAACCAUGCUGGAGCUGGAGUGGCAUUCACAUGGAUCAUGGCAUCUUCUUGUGCUGUUCCUCCUCUGGUUGGCUGGUCCAGGUACAUUCCCGAGGGUAUGCAGACAUCAUGUGGACCCGACUACUACACCCUGAACCCUGAAUACAACAACGAAUCCUAUGUCUUGUACAUGUUCAGCUGCCAUUUCUGUGUUCCUGUAACCACUAUCUUCUUCACAUAUGGGAACCUUGUCUGCACAGUCAAAGCAGCUGCAGCUCAACAGCAAGAUUCAGCCUCCACUCAGAAGGCAGAGAAGGAGGUGACUCGCAUGUGUGUGCUCAUGGUAUUUGGCUUCCUACUGGCCUGGGUGCCCUAUGCUAGCUUUGCUGCCUGGAUCUUCUUCAACAGGGGGGUAGCCUUCUCACCUCAAGCCAUGGCUGUCCCUGCCUUUUUCUCAAAGUCCUCAGCCUUGUUCAACCCUUUCAUCUAUGUGCUGCUCAACAAACAGUUCCGAGGCUGCAUGAUGCAGACUGUCCUUGGCAAAACCCCAGAGGAUGAGAUGUCAGUGUCCACAAGCAAGACAGAAGUGUCUUCAGUGGGUCCAGCAUAG